AUGUUCAAAUCGCGAUCCUCGCAGAAGCGGCCGAGUGAGGAGCUGUUCCGGGAUUUUCGUGCGAACCACCCAGAAGUUGGUCAAGGCCAGCCUCCGAACAAUGCUGCGACAACAGCAGCUUCGCAACAUCCUGCACCAGCUGUUGCGAACGCUGUAGGGAACCCGUCGGAGAUACGCAUUAACGAUCAGCCUUCCCACGAUGCUCGGCAUCUUGUUGCGACGCCUCGAGGCGCGAGCGAAUCAUGGAACUUCGGCUCGACAGGGCUCACACCUGCACUUAUGGAUCCCAAUGAUUCCAACUUCCAACUCUUCGACCACUUGAAUCACUACUACCCUCCGACUCCCGGUGGCCUCGGCCACAACCAUGCUGACGCUACUUCGUUUCUGAACCAGCAUGGCGGUCACCACCAUAUGUCAGGCUUCGGCGGCAUGGGACUGUCGACACCGCUAUCGAUGCCUACGUCUGAGGCUGCAAUGCAAACCGCUCAGCAACCUUUUCAUGGAUUCAACAGCCAACACCAACAGAUGCAGCAGCAGCAGGGGCAACAGCAACAUCAUUUCCACAACGCAGACCCCUUCCACAUGCAACAGCAGUCGUUCCCGCCGCACCACUUCACAAACCAAGCCACGCAUCAGUCAAUGGACUAUGAGGGUCCCAUUGGCGAAUCGCCCGUCGAAGAUCUGACAAUCAGCGGCGGUACGACGCAUUCCGAAUACAACAUACAUGCGCAAUUCGAGUCGCAGCGAUUGCCAACUAGCGUUCCUGCGCCAUCUGCAUACUCUUCAUCCGAAAAAUUUCGGUACCACACAACGCUUAAUGCGCCUACCGCCAUGGUCGUGCAUUCUGACGAUGUUCCAAUCACAUAUCUCAAUAAAGGUCAGGCGUACAUCUUGAACGUUGUUGAUACGCAAGCACAGCCAGCCCAAACACCUCGGAGAUAUCGCACCUUUGUCCGUGUCUCAUUCCAGGAUGAACAGCAACGACAGAAGCCGGCACAAUGUUGGCAGCUCUGGAAAGAAGGACGUGGCACCAACGAAGCACACCAUCGAGGCGGCCGACUGCAGGCAGUAGAGUACGUUCCCCCGACACAUGGUCUAUCCCACGAUGACUCGUCGAGACCUCAAUUUGAGCUGGAGAGCUCUUCCUUCGACGGUUUCUGUGUGCUCUGGACUUCCGCUACGGGUUCUGUCGAAUGCCCGAUAUCUGUUCGCUUCAACUUCCUCUCUACCGACUUUAGCCACUCCAAAGGUGUCAAGGGAAUUCCAGUUCGACUUUGCGCAAAGACUCAGAUACUUGAUGACGGUAACGGGAAUUGGUCACAACCCAGCGACGCUGAAGUGUGCUACUGCAUGGUCAAGCUAUUCCGUGACCAUGGCGCUGAGCGGAAAUUAUCCAACGAUGUCGCCCACGUCAAGAAGACGAUUGAAAAGCUCAACCAACAGAUAGCGCAGAUCGAGUCUGGCUUGAAAGAAGGUGGGAAGAGGAAGCGAAGCGGGUCUAUGGCGAGAGCUAGUAUCGAUAAUCGGCCAAGCAAAGCCGCCAAGCACCGAAGAUCAUGGUCAGUGAACUCGGCGACGUCGAACAGCGGACGUGGUAGUGCGGAAGACGACCUACACAAGAAGCUCCUGGCUCUACAGGAUCGAUUCUCAUCAACGCGGCCUGCUAGUGUGCUUCACUUGAGAGGUGACAAGAACGAUGACCCAGAUGCAUCACCUGUUGCGCUAUCCAACGAGAAUGACGAUCUCCUCAAGCCUCCGGAGCUUCUGAAGAAUGAAUCAACCGAGAGCGGGUUGACUCGCGCUACCACCAUCAGUGAUGUGGACCAGACCUCGCCACUUGUUUCUCCGAUAUCGAGUCAGGAUUCGCCGAUCGACAGUCGCAAAGAUUCGAGUAUGCAUCAAAAUACGCCUCUCGGCCAACUCGCAAUGACGGAAUCGGAAGAUUGGCGCAGCCACCCUCAGACGGCCGUCAUGGAUCUUCUCCCAACAAUUCGUGAAACUUCCGAUGACGGCAGUGGACCUACGUCAGUACAGACCCAUUCUCCUCGCACUGGUGCUGUUCGAGGGACCAUCGAAGUGAGUGGCAUUGAUGUCAACUACGAGCCACCACAGGCGCGACCUGUUAAGCCUGUCGCCUGCGUCUAUAUCCUGCCGCGCGUGGAAGGGCAGAUACCGUCCGACCACUACUACCGCGCCGUUUACCUUCAUCAACGCACGCUCAAAGACUUUGUCAAUGCCGUUGCCAGCAAAUGCGGGAUCGAGCCAACACUGAUCCGUCGCACGCUUCGGCAUCGUCGUGAUACUAACACGACGGCAAAAGGGAAGUCAAACGUGUCUGCUGUGGAGAUUCUCUUCGAUGAUGAAUGUGCACGCGAACUUCCCGAGGGCCAGGAUAUGACAGUACGUUUCAUUCCAGCACCCUCUCUUGACGAAGAAUCGCCCUCUCUCGAGAAAGAGGGCGAUGUCAAAGCUGCUCUGGACUCGCAAUGCGAUGGCGAUCUACCAUCGCUCAGAAAUCCCAGCGAAGUUGGAUACAAUUUGAUCUUGCAGUUUUGA